UAUACAUUCACUGUAAUAUAAAAGGCAGCGCUGCGGAGGCAGAGUUACUAGAGAUCUCGUGUUCAUCAGACACAGUUAGUGAUCACAGACACAGCAGUGUGAGGAGGGGGUGACCUAGCAACCCGAUCAUUUGUACCCCACGCACCAUGGCCGCCCGCCUUGGCCUAAGCGGCUUCCUACUGGCUAGCUUUGGCGUCUGCUUCGCGACUUUUGGACAUGAACACGUUCACAUUCGUAUUCAUAUACCUGAACCGCACCACGAGUCGAAAGAAGUAAUAGUUCAUGAGCAUCAUGACGACCACGGUGGAGACGGCGGUGGCUACGGCGGCGGACACGGUGGCGGACACGGCGGCGGCCACGGCAUUGACAUCCAGAGUCUGCACGGAGGCUUCAUCGAACAUCUUAAAGGCCACGGCGGAGGUCAUGGCGGAGGGCAUGGUGGAGGAUACGGCGGUGGCCACGACGGAGGAUUUGGAGGUGGUCACGGCGGAGGAUUUGACGGUGGACAUGGCGGAGGAUUUGGAGGUGGCCACGACCACGGUGGCAGCCACGAUUUUGGAGGCGGACAUGGCGGCGGAAGUUUUGAUUUAGGAGGCCACGAUAGCGGACACGGUGGUGAUCAUGGCGGUUUCGGCGGUGGUUUCGGAGGUGGCCAUGGAGGCGGCAUUGGAGGCGGCCAUGACCAUGGUGGCGGCCAUGAUCACGGUGGUGGAAGUGACUUCAGUGGAUCUUUCGGCGGCGGUCAUGGUAGUGAUUUGGGAGGCUACGGAGGCGGAGGUCACGGAGGCAGUGGCGGUCACGAUCAUGGCGGCGGUGGCUUUGACCUUGGCGGCAGUUUCGGUGGCGGCCACGGUGGGGGACACGGAAGCAGUGGCGGUCAUGAUUUCGGUGGAAGCAUUGGCGGCGGAUUUGGAGGCGGCCACGACGACCAUCACAGUGGUGGAGGCGGUGGCUUCGGAGGCCACGGCGGAGGAAUAUCUUUAGUAAGCUCAGACAGUUAUAGCGGCAGCAGCCAUGGGUCUGGUGGCCACGGAUCGGGCGGACUGGGAAGUUUCGGAGGCAGCGGAGGAGGCCACGAUAGUUACAGUUCAGGCGGAGGAGGUGGCCAUAACAGUUAUAAUUCGGGUGUUACUAGCUACGAUACUUAUCACAGCGGUGGGCACGGGGGCGGCGGAGACAGUUAUAGCUUAGGUGGAGGCUCAGGAGGCCAUGGAGUUGAUAGUUUUAGCGGUAGCUUUGGAGGCGGCCACGGAGGUGGCCAUGGAGGUGGCCACGGAGGCGGUGGCCAUGGAAGCAGCGGAGGUCACAGUAGUUUCGGAGGUGACAGCUACACAAGCGCUAUAUUCGCCGGACACGGGGGUGGUCCUUAUCACAAAAAAUAAUUUAAUCUGAUAAUAUAGGCAAUCAACUAAGUCAUAGUCCACGGGUCUUCAUGGGCCUAACAGUACAAGUAUAACUGUCUUUGUAAAUAGCUCCUACUUCUAAGUUAUUGUUGCUAUGUUAUAAUAUAGAAACAUAGAAAUUGUU